AUGCCUCCUCGAAGCUCACUGACUAGCUCCUUUUCGGUCACUGAUGCCAAUAAUGAAGUGGUCUGUCCGUUGAAGAAUAACGACGGCUCCAAUUGUCGCAAGCGAUGCUUGGGUGAAAAGCGCUAUCGCUCCAUGCAGGAGCAUAUUCGACGUGCGCAUCCGAACCACUACAUCCCGAAGCUCCCGGCUACCGAAGAGAGCUUCCUGCUGAUGGUGAACACCCCGCCCGAGCAACGUGUGCAGCUGUCUCCCCCAGAACCCGCGCAACCCCGGCGGCCUCAAGAUGUGGCGCCGGAUAGGGACGUUUACGUCGCUGAUGCCGGAUCCCCCGCGACCCCUCGAGCUCACGAUGAACCCCACCCAGCUGCUGCUACGGCGGCGGUUGCUCUAGCACAAUUGCACCACCAUCGCCUGGCGUCUGACUGGGAUACAGACAUGGAAACCCAUUCGGAUACCGACUUGAGCCAACCUCGCAUGCGCUCCACGAUCGAACUUCCCUCACUCCGCGAUCACUUCAAGCAGGAAUCUCUUCCGCCAUUUUCGUCGCCUCGCCCGCGUGAACUGCUUCCGUCUAUUCUCAAUCAUUCUCCGCCCGGUCGCUCAUCCACAUUACCGCCAAUUCAACGACGAGACAAGUUUUCUCGGCCGCGCAAAUCUUCCAUCACGCAAUCUGCGCGGAAACCGAAACAGGAUCGGCCCAAGUCGAAAGAAUUUGGACGGCGACCAAGCCUGGGCGACCGCAAGGCCCUUUCUGCGGAACCACAAACUGCAGCGUGGGCGCAAGGCAAGCGAUGGGAAGAUUUGAUCGAGGCAGCGACGUCAGCAACCGAAGCAGAUGAUGAGCGUUACUCAGAGGCUGGUCGGUCUCCAACGAUUGCCCCACUACUCUCCAACGUGACGUCUGCUCCUGCUGUGAAAAAUCGUUCUUCGCUACCACCCGCUUUCCAGUCAGCAGGAUUGCCUCCACUUUCAUCGCAUCGGCAGUUUACUCCUCACAGCUAUGCUGCUUCGCCUUUGCACAAAGCAUUGACCCCACCACCGUUCGAGAACCAUCGCAACCGGGACAGCGACUUGGAGCCGUUCCCAUCUAUUGAAUCAUCGCUCGAUUCCAUGUCUUCAGCAUCGGGUAGAAAUCUGUCGGGAGCAUCGGGAAUAGCGCCCUCGAUAAACUCUGAUUCCAGCCCAACAAUGGGUUUGAUACCGCCAAUUUCUCAACGCCAACAUCAUCGGUUCUCCAAUCCUACACCAUCGUCUUUCCGCAACAAAGAGGUUCAGGUCUUUUGCGCUAACUGCAAGCGACCAUCUGCGCUGAACGAAUGCUAUGCUUGUACAGAGUGUAUCUGUGGAGUGUGCCGCGACUGUGUGGGCAUGUUUAUUUCGAGUCCACCCGUCUCAUUUCGAACCCCGGGCAACGGUCUAUUGAACAACAUGCAGCACGGGCCGACAAGUUACCCCGGCCCUCGUGGGUGCCCACGAUGUCGAACAAUAGGAGGAAAAUGGAAAGCAUUCCAGAUCGACAUCAAGUGA